AAAAAAAAAAAAAGGAAAGUCCAACCUGCGCCGCUCCAACAUGGCUACGCGGCUGUGCAGCAUCUCUGCGGCGGCGCGGCGGCUGCUGGGGGGCCCAAGGCCCGGCGCCGUGGACAUUGCGGCUGCUGCGCGCUUCUAUUCCAAGGACAAUGAAGGUAGCUGGUUCCGCUCCCUCUUUGUGCACAAGGUGGAUCCCCGGAAGGAUGCCCACUCCACCCUGCUAUCCAAGAAGGAAACCAGCAAUCUCUACAAGAUCCAGUUUCACAAUGUGAAGCCUGAGUGUCUGGAUGCCUACAACAGCCUGACGGAGGCUGUGCUACCCAAACUGCACCUGGAUGAAGACUACCCCUGCUCGCUCGUGGGCAACUGGAACACAUGGUACGGGGAGCAGGACCAGGCAGUACACCUGUGGCGAUUCUCAGGCGGCUACCCAGCCCUCACGGACUGCAUGAACAAGCUCAAAAGCAAUAAGGAGUACCUGGAGUUCCGAAAGGAGCGGAGCCAGAUGCUGCUGUCCAGGAGAAACCAGAUGCUCCUUGAGUUCAGCUUCUGGAACGAGCCACAGCCCAGAGCAGGCCCCAACAUCUAUGAGCUGAGGACAUACAAGCUCAAGCCAGGAACCAUGAUUGAGUGGGGGAAAAACUGGGCUCGGGCCAUCAAGUACCGGCAAGAGAACCAGGAGGCGGUGGGCGGCUUCUUCUCGCAGAUAGGAGAGCUCUACAUUGUGCAUCACCUCUGGGCCUAUAAGGACCUACAGUCUCGGGAAGAGACUCGAAACGCUGCCUGGAGGAAGAGGGGCUGGGACGAAAACGUCUACUACACAGUCCCACUGGUGCGACACAUGGAGUCUCGGAUCAUGAUCCCAUUGAAGAUCUCGCCUCUCCAGUGAUGCUGCUUCUGCCCCUGCCCCCUUCCCCUUCUCCCUCAGGGCAGCCAUGGACAGAGGAGCUCCCAGUCCUGCUGUCUUGGUUUUUUCUCUUGGAUCUGGGAGGACUCUGGGGGUUCGUGCUCAGCUCAGACAAGGGGAAGCUGAAGGAUGACAGGGUUCUGAGGACUUGCAGCUCUGCCCAGACCCUUCCCACCUUCCCUGCUCACCCCUUCCCCUGUGCCAGAAGCAGUUUUUAAUUUCUCUGAAUGAAGAACAGCAGCCUUUUAUGUCUUCUCACAUUUCCCCCUGAGAUUCCUCAUCUCAAGGCCACGAGUCCCCAGUUGCCACCAUGGAAGCCCUCUGUUUAGCUUUAGUUAUACAAAAGGUAGUGUGUCAAGUGGUUAGAGAGGAGGUGGGAAGGGAGGAGGUCAGACCAGGCCUGGCUCUCUGGAAUUCCCUGGUCUCUACUGGGCCACCCACUUGCUGGAUCGUCUGAGCCAAGUCCCUCCUGUCAGGGAAAAGCCUAAAACUGCCUCAAGAAGAAAAGGGGAAAACCUUCAAGUUAGCACAGAGUGAGGUCCUACAUAUUCCACUUAGAAAGGCUGGGAAAAGGGAUGGGAGCUGGGAAGGAUCUGGGUCACAGAAUGGGACAUGAACCUAGAAGGUAGAACAGAAUUCAGAACUUGGAUUUGAACUGCAGAAUUUGGAAUAUGGAAUCAGGAAUAUAGAACAGAGGUUACAGAAGACCACCUGGGAAGGGGUUCUUAAUACAAGACAGUUGGAAAGAGGCUCAUCUCUUUCUCCCUACAUGAUAUUGAGACCUUGACUGUUCAGUUUCAGCCCUUCUGUGUAGGGAGAAUCUCCUGCCCUUUCUAUUUCAUUCCUGCAGGCGAAGUAAAGGGCCAUGGCCUGUAUUUCCCUCACCUUGCAUUCCUUUUCUCUCUUCAUAUUCUAUCAGCCCAACCCCCAUUCUGCUGGGCCACUGGGUAUGUGGAUUGGGGUCAGUGACUUUGGGAGCCUCCUGGGUGAUCUCUACACCUCGUGAACCUCUAGGUGGCUUGAUUCUAUCUCCCUUUGAGGAAAACUUGUGCUGGAGUCACUAAUGGAACCAAUUAAAUAUUUACUAUAAAAAAAAAAAAAGGAAAGUGUUUCUUUAAAAAAAUAAUAAAAAUGUUCCCACUGAAGCAUAUGUGGGUGUAUUGUAUAAACUGUAUAAAAUGAAUAAUUAUUAAAAGUAGGUGAACUGUCUUUCUUUUA